AUGUUGUUCAGUCGCUUCAUAAGACAAACCAUUCAUGGAACAUUACGCAGUAUGAUACGCAACUUUAAAUGCAAACUCAUACUGCGUCUACGCAGUACAGCAUCUUCCCUGCAGUAUGUUACUUCUCUAUGGUAUCAAUGGAAAGCGACAAGCUUAGUGCGUAUUCACCCAAGUGAAGAGCAUCCACAUCACAAAUUCUCCGGUCUACCAAAUUUCAAAACCACCAAAUUCUAG